GACCAAAAUAUGAAAGGGCCGGUAAGCUCCUCCCACUAUCGGGGUUCUCUCCUCCUGAGGGAGAGCCGAGGAGAAACCCGGUUUCCCGGCCUUUUGUGAGAUCAGCUCCGCCCACAGGCGGCCCUGUCCCGCCUCUGCUCUUCAGGUCACGGUGGGCCGCGGUCGGGAAAGGCAGUGCGGCCGGCUCUGAGGCAGCGAAGCGAGGCCAUGAUGGGGGCCGCUCGUCGGCACGUGGUGUGCGCCAUAUCGGGCGGGGUGGACAGCGCCGUGGCGGCGCUGCUACUGCGGCGACGAGGAUAUGAAGUGACGGGGGUGUUCAUGAACAACUGGGACGUGGUGGAUGAAAAGGGAAUUUGUCAAGGCAAUCAAGAUUGUGAAGAUGCUUAUAAAGUGUGUCAGAUACUCAAUAUUCCAUUUCGCCAAGUUUCCUACGUUAAAGAAUAUUGGAAUGAAGUGUUUAGCUACCUUUUAAAUGAAUAUGAAGUUGGACGGACACCUAACCCUGAUAUUAUAUGUAAUAAAUACAUAAAAUUCAAUUAUUUCCUACAUUAUGCUAUGGAUAACAUUGGAGCUGAUGCAAUAGCAACUGGACACUAUGCAAGGACCUCCUUGGAAGAUCAUGAAGUUUUUCAGCAAAAAUACAAGCAAAGACCACCAGGACUUUUCAGAAAUAGAUUUGAAAUAAGAAACACUGUCAAACUACUUCAGGGAGCUGAUCACAAUAAAGACCAGACCUUCUUUCUCAGCCAGAUUUCUCAAGAAGCUUUGGAGAAAACCAUUUUUCCCCUCGGAGACUUAACAAAAGACUUUGUGAAGAAGAUAGCUGCAGAACAUCAGCUUUACCAUGUGUUGAAAAAAAAAGAGAGCAUGGGCCUCUGUUUUGUUGGUAAAAGAGAUUUUUCAGAGUUUCUUCUUGAGUAUCUGCAACCACGUCCAGGAAAUUUUGUCUCCGUUGAAGAUGGCAAAGUUAUUGGAACACACCAAGGUUGCUUCUUAUAUACGUUUGGCCAGAAAGCUAAGCUAAAGAACUGCAGUCGUGCAUGGUUUGUCGUAGAUAAAAAUGUGGCCUCUGGGGAAGUUUUUGUGGCGCCUGGCAGGGAUCACCCUGCGCUCUACAGAGACCUUUUACGGACAAGCAGAGUGCACUGGAUUGCUGAGGAUCCACCUGCAGAACUCGUUCACAACAAAAUGAUGGAGUGUAAUUUCCGCUUCCUACACUUGAUGGCGCUAGUACCUUGUACGUUAACCCUAAAUCAAGAUGGAUCAGUAUGGUUGACUCUGGCUAAGCCAAUCAGGGAUCUUACAGCAGGGCAGUUUGCUGUUUUCUACAAGGGAGAUGAAUGCCUAGGCAGUGGUAUGAUUCUGAGACUGGGGCCUUCGGUUUUUACUUUGCAACAGGGCAAGAACAGAGAAACUACCGGUGUGAAUAUAACAGCUGACGAGGUCACAGUACAGCCGACCAAAUGACUUCUUGCUUUUUAAAAAUGAACCAGAGGAUUUAAAAAAAACCCAAAACAACUAGUUAAUCAAAAGCUUUGGAAUGAUCAUCAGAUACAUGAAUGCACAUCUGGAUGUGUUUGGAAUUUAUCUGAAAAAAAUAAAACAGUUGUGACUUAUGAACGGACUCUUCUUGGUGAGAAAAUGGUUACCUUUUCUCAUCUCUUGAAGCCCAGCCCUGUGGAGAAGUUAAACAGAAGGCGACAACAUCCAAAUAAGUGUGUAUAGGAUUGCAAUGUAAUAUAUACUGUUUGAAGAAUCCUGUUAAGAUCAUGCAAAUAAGUUUUUUGGAAUGUGGAUUGUGGCUAAAUCUACUGCUGGGUGAUCACAAUAGACUUAUUUAUCCUCUUUCUCAAUAUUUGCCUUUUGGUUGCCCAUCUUGUAAACUUUCAAACCGGAAAGCCAUUUUUGCAAAUUGGAAGAUAAAGUUACAGCUCAAAGAUAGGUAAGAGAAUGGAGGGUGAAUGCUGGGGAUAUCUAGAGAUCUCUUUUUCCCCCCCUACUUGUUGAAAAAUGAAUGAAGCUUCUGAAGGAACUCACAAUGAAAUGUCCUAGUAUAUGUUAAUUGAAGUGCAAUAACUAGAAAAAUUUCUUGGCUCUUGAAUGUGCCAGCACCUUCAGAUAAUAUUUUGAAGAACCUGCUGGUAUUUGCCUUUAACCAUGAAAAAGCUGCCUUGUGUAAUCUCUUCAGCUGUGUUUAGGUAUUCUAGCACCCAACACAAUUGUAUUGGGAAGAUGAUUGGAUCAGGUUCAAAUUUUCUGUCCCUCUCAUCUUUGUCAUUCUCCACAGGUUAGAGCAGGGGUGUCAAACUGCUGGCCCGCGGGCCGGAUGCGUCAUCGUAAAACUGCGCCCACCCCAUUGCCGGCAAUGGCAAAAAAGUUCCGAUACGUAGCGUGACGUCACGUGACGUCGCAAGUUUGACAUGUCUGGGUUAGAGGGCACAGAUCUCCAGUGAGGAUCUUGCUUUUUACAAGCAGAUGCCCCAUCAAGCCUGGGACAUGCCUAAGCAGAGCCAUAGUUUACUGCAUGUCUUCAAAUCAUGGACAAGAGGGGACUGAAGUAAGACUUCUCCUCCUUCUAUGUCUCUAAUGAGGGUGGAGAAUAAGCCCCUUAAUAAGCUAAAGCAGUGUUUCUCAACCUUGACAAUUUUAAG